CUCCUCGGGGGCCGGGGCUUGGGCGGGGCUUGGGCUGCAGACCCCGCUCUGCCCCGCUCGGCGCAGGCGCAGGCGCAAGGGAGGCACCGCCGCCGGUUCCCAAGGCAACUGGAUUCAACAGCUCGAGCCCAGCCGGUGUCCAGAGGACUCCUGGCUCUCACCGGCCGGCAUGUGCGCCGCUGAGGUGGACCAUCACGUAGCCCAGCGAUACCUGCUCAAGCGUCGGCUCGGGAAGGGGGCCUAUGGCAUCGUGUGGAAGGCAGUGGAUCGGAGGACUGGCGAGGUUGUGGCCAUCAAGAAAAUCUUUGAUGCCUUUAGAGAUAAGACAGAUGCCCAGAGAACGUUCCGGGAAAUCAUGCUGCUCCAGGAAUUUGGGAACCAUCCCAACAUCAUCCGACUCCUGGAUGUGAUCCAGGCAGAGAAUGACAGGGACAUUUACCUGGUAUUUGAGUAUAUGGACACUGACCUGCAUGCCGUCAUCUGCAAGGGCACGGUGCUGAAGGACACCCACAAACGCUACAUCUUCUACCAGCUCCUGCGGGCCACCAAGUUCAUCCACUCGGGAUGCGUUAUCCACCGGGACCAGAAGCCGUCCAACGUUCUCCUGGACGCCAGCUGCUCGGUGAAGCUCUGUGACUUUGGCCUCGCCCGCUCCCUCAGCAGCCUCCCUGAGGGGCCAGAGGGCCAGGCCCUGACCGAGUACGUGGCCACACGCUGGUACCGAGCUCCGGAGGUGCUGCUGUCCUCAAGCUGGUACACCCCUGGGGUGGACAUGUGGAGUCUGGGCUGCAUCCUAGGGGAGAUGCUGCGGGGGAGGCCCCUGUUCCCUGGCACAUCCACACUCCACCAGCUGGAGCUGAUCCUGGGGACCAUUCCGCCACCAUCUGAGGAGGACCUCCUGGCUCUCAGCUCCAGCUACAGUGCCUCAGUUGUGCCCCCGCUGGGGUCCCGGCCACGGCAGACACUGGAUGCCCUCCUGCCGGCCGACACGCCCCCCGAGGCCCUGGACCUGCUCAAGCGACUGCUGGUGUUUGCCCCAGACAAGCGGCUUAGCGCGGCCCAGGCACUGCAGCACCCCUAUGUGCAGAGGUUCCACUGCCCGGCCCGUGAAUGGACACUGGAGGCGGCUGUGCAGCUUCCGGUGCACAAAGUGGCCCAGCUCUCAGCCACCGAGUAUCGCACCCGUGUCUACCAGAUGAUCCUGGAGCGCAGGGGCAACAGCUGCCUCCGGAGAGGGAAGGGCCUGGGCUCUGACCCCUCGCCCCAGGUGCAGCAGAUUGAACCCAGAGCCGACCCCCAGCUGCCCUUGGGCUCAAGGGCUCGGAUCCUGGGACCCAGGCCUCAGAGCAGCCCCGGUCACGACCCCGCGCACGAUGCCCCCCGGGGAGCCAAGAACCUUCUCAGGCAGAUCUCAGCUCCCCUGCUCCAGCCUCCGCCUCCAGGAGGUCUUGGGAGAGGAACAAGUCCCCAAGGGGCGACAGCAGGAUUCCCCUUGGUGUCCUCGUGGGUAGGUCGUGGUGGGUGGGCACGGGAGGACCCCACCCACUGGUCUUUUAGGAGGGCAGCAGUGAUCCUGCGACAGGCCGCUUCCCAGGUGAAGCCCAGCGUGAAGGAGGUGGAGCCCUCCUUGACCUCGCAGGCCGCAGCCCAGGUAGCCAUCCAAGCCUUGAUCCGGAGUGACUGGAACCCGGGCCGAGGGCUGAGCGCAGCAGGCGCAAGACUGGUCCCUCACCGGCCUCCGCGGGAGGCGCGGCCAGAGCCCCGGCCCGGCCGGAGGAUGUUCAGUGCCUCGGCCUCGCAGGGGGCCCAGGGGGCCGCCAGGGCCGCGCUCGGGGGCUACUCCCAAGCCUACGGUACCGUCUGCCAGUCGGCACUGGGCUGCCUGCCCUUGCUCCCGGGACCCCGCGCCUGAGCCGCCCUGCCCGCCUUCAGCCCCGGCCCCUCCCUCCCUCCCUGGAAUACCUCCGCCCCUCCUCCAGCCCGCAGCCCCGGAAACCAGCGCUUUCCACCCACCUUUUCCCCAAACCCCCUUCAUCUGGCCACAUUUGGGUUCUGGAGCCUGUCUGGGCCUCCCUGGGGGAGUAGGUGACGCUCAAUCCCCAGCGUCAAUCACUUCCUCCAAUAAAGUCUUGUCUGUCCCCA